AUGAAUAUAAGCGCAAUUGAGAUUCUUGGGGAGUUAUACAUUUGUGUUCUUCUCCCCAUCGGAACAAUAGGGCCGUUAUGCUCAUUACUAAACUUGUUGAAGAGAUCAAAUAGAACCAAGAUAGAUCUUUUUGAUCAGAGGUUGAAUCGAUCAUCAGAAGUGAAGGAAAUUAUUUUGUCCACUAAUAGUGGACAAAUUGGAGUAUUACCAAAUCAUGCACCUAUUGCUACAGCUGUAGAUAUAGGUAUCUUGAGAAUACGCCUUAAUGACCAAUGGGUAACAAUGGCUCUGAUGGGUGGUUUUGCUAGAAUAAGCAAUAAUAAGAUCACCAUUUUAGUAAAUGAUGCCGAGAAGAGUAGUGACAUUGAUCCAGAAGAAGCUAAACAAACUCCUGAAAUAGCAGAAGCUAACUUGAGUAAAGCUGAAGGCAAGAGACAACUAAUCGAGGCAAAUCUAUCUCUCCGACGAGCUAGGACACGAGUAGAGGCUAUCAAUAUGCUUUCGCAAUAAGAAAAUUGGUGUAUACGAAUAAUUCUAAAAAGUGAAAU